AUGAUCAGUAACAGUCUGUUUGAUUCAAGAGGCAAGGAGCUUGUGCUCAAAACUAUAGAGUCUAGCACCAGCCGUCCUCCUGCUCCGUCCACACUGCCCACUGCUCCUCCAACCUCUCCCACCAUCAGAGCCUCUUCCUCUGGGCUUCUUGUUCCUCUGCUCUGUUCCAUCCUGGGCCCGCUGCUGCUGCUGCUGCUGCUGCUGCUGCUGUUGUGGGUCAAAUACUGCAAACGCAAACCCAAUGAAAAGAAUGUGCAGAGUCCAGUUUAUUCAUCUGUGAAAACUGAAGAAAUCCAGUACUCUUCAGUCAACAUCAAGACUCGAGGAAAAGGUCGUGUCAGACGCACAGAAAAAGAGAAUGUGCAGAGUCCAGUUUAUUCUUCUGUAAAAACUGAAGAAAUCCAGUACUCUUCAGUCAACAUCAAGACUCGAGGAAAAGGUCGUGUCAGACACACAGAAAAAGAGGAGAAUCCAGUUUAUUCCUCGGUGAAAACUCAAGAUGUGUGCCAUUCCCCCAUCAUCAUCAAUGAGACUGGAGAUGCAGCCUCCUGGACCAAGGGAAGAAAGACAGAAACUAAAUGA